GCACAGGCAUUUGGAAGCUUUAUGAAGAUCUUUUAUCGAAAUCACGGUAGUUAGAGACGUGCGGCCCAUUAAAUGCAGCCAGCACAGAGCUGGGGCCGGGACGACGUUAUGCCGCCGUAUAUCCUCCACCGCUCUGUUCCUUCUGCUUUUAGGAGGCCCUGGGGUCCUUCCAGCACCGCUCCUGGAUGGAUGGAUAUUCGGAGCUCCAUAGCCAGGAGGGAUUCAUCACUUGUUGGCUCCUCUCGGUGCAGGUCGGCCGGGAAUGGGGCUCCUGUCCCUCUCUUAGCACUAAGGAUGUGUCCAGUCUUCCUGUGCCCCCAAAUGCCACCGCUCCAUGGGGGCAGGAGGGGGAAGAGAGGGGGUUGUGUUCAGCAGCAGGGAGAAGUGAUUCAGCCCCCGUGGAACUCGGCAGCAUCCAUCUGAGGUGUAAUCCCAUCCCGCUUCCAGGAGGUCGGGGGGGGGUGACAGGCAGCGAUGCAGGCGGGCACCUUCAGAGCAGGGAGAGGGCAGCGGGCGCUGUGCAAUUUGUCACCCACCUUCCUUCCUCCUGCCUGCCCCAAAACCACGAGAGAAGCCUUCCUGUCCAGAUCCCAGCGCCGCGACGGCAGCCAGAAGCUGGAGCGCGUCCUCGUGCAGAUGGGAGCACACACGCAGGGCACUUGGUGACAGCAUCCUCCCAUCCAAACACGCCCCUGUCCCCACAGUUUGCUCCUCUUUAGCAGAACUGCAAGAUCUGCCUUUCCAAAGCGGCUCAAGAAGAGCGGGGUGGUGGGAAUACGGGAAGGAUACAGGAGAUAAUGUGAUGGGAAAGGGUGGAAUCGUUGCCUGGGGUUUGAGAAAUCCUGGGUUUCAUUCAAGUCCUGUCCCUGGCAAGUGACUUCUCCGUACCGCAACUUCUGCUGAGAGAUGGGAGAGGGACAACUGUUCCCUUCAGUGAAACGAACCCAAACGAGCAGGUCCCCGUCGUUGUGUAGCACCAAAGCCAACCAAUGAGUUCUGUUUCCUUUUUAAGCACAACGCAGCCUGCCAUCCCUUACUUCUGGGUUAGCACAAAAACCCGACCGCCUGGCUUGGGGAACAGAAUCUACAUUUUCUUGUUCCUUUUUUUAAUUUCCGAAGCCUGAGGAGCGGCGCUCGGCAGAGCCAUGGAGGAGGAAGGGGAGAGCAGCCCUGCUCAGAUUUAAUGCAUGCGGAUGCAGAAACAAAAUCACAACUCCACUGAGAAUGAAAUUCCUGCCCAACCCGCACCUCCCGUGCAGGUAGAAGGGGCCACGCACAGACUCACCUCCAACCCCCCUACCCCCCAAGACCCCUGGAAAUCUAUGAUUCUCUCUCUCUGAUUUCUUUGUUUCCCCUCUCUUUUAUCCAGGUCCUGCUUUGGGUGACUGUUGGGAAAAGAAGGUUUUUUUGCUUUUUCCUGAUGGAGGGAAUGGGGUGGGGGCGAGCUGAGCCCCAAGGCAGAGGGGAACACCACAAUACUGCCUGUUCUCCUGGUGCAAGAUAAAGAAGUUUCUAAGGCAGCCCUGGCCAUUUUGCACAUUGCUUCACUCCCUUCAUGCCUGGGAUGCUCCUCUCCAUGGAGACCUCUUUGCAUGACAGUGUCCAACUCAAACCUUGGGGACCCCUCUGUGCCUCAUCCAUCCCUUUGGGAACACCCUCAUGCCUCAGCCCCACACUUUGUGGACCCCCUCCUGUGCUCCAUUUGGCCUUUUGGGGACCACCCAGUGCCCCAUCUCCAUGCUACCCUUUGAGGACCCCCCCACGUGCCCCAUUUGGCCUUCUGGAGACCUCCCAGCACCCCAUCCAGAUGCUGCCCUUUGAGGACCCCCCUCUGUCCUAUCCAUCUUUUUUGAGGACACCCCAGCACCCCAUGCCCCUGCUGCCCUUCGGGGACACCCUUGAGCUCCAUUUGGCCUUUUGAUGACUCCUUAGUGCCCCAUCCCCAUGCUGCCCUUAGAGGAACCCCCCGGCGCCCCAUCCAUCCCUCUGGGGACCCUCCUGUGCCCCAUCCCCACGCUGCUCUUGGGGACUUCCCCCCCGGGCCUCCUUUAGGGGCGCGGUGCCAGGCAGCAAAGGGUUACGCUCGGAGGUGCCGCUCGGCUCCCGGCACCUGGAGGGGAGGGAGGGGAGGAGGGCACGGAGCGGAGUUUACAGCGGGUCCCCGAGAAGGCGACGAGCGGGCGGCAGCGGUGAAGCCGCGGCGGGAGCCGCCUCCGCCCCCGGUCCGGUACCGCCGCCCGGAGCCCCCCAUGGGCGAAGGGGGGGCUCGAGGAAGCGGCUUCUAAAGGGGGACACCCCCUCGCUUUCCCCUGGCUGACGUUCCCCGCUUAAAAAGAAGGGAGGGAAAAAAAAAAACAAAAAACAACAAAUAACCACCAGAAUACCACCCAAAACCGCUCUAAAUUUGAGGGAACAGCGAAGGCAGGCGGCAUCGGCUGGAAAAUGCAUCUCACUCGGAGCUGCAUCGGCUUCCUGAUCCAGGGGAGCAUCUCUCUGCUGGUGGUCUGCGGCCAAGAAGGGCCAGGGGAAGGUGCUGAGCAGCACGAGCCCAAGAGCCAGGAGGGAGACCAAGCGCAGGAGACCAGAGGGCUGCUCCCCACCAAGCCCCUGCUCACUCCGACCUUGCUGCAGAACGUGACCCUCCUGGAGCUGGUGAGCAGCUCGCGGGAGCUAUGGGAUAUCCUGGACAACCUCUCGGAGCGGGAUCACGCUCCUCACCCCCGAGGACAGAGGGAUUUGGAGUCGGCCUCGGGCAAACUUAAAAAAAUUUUUGGCUGGGGAGAUUUCUAUUCCAACAUCAAGACGGUGAAGUUAAACCUGCUGAUCACCGGCAAGGUGGUGGAUCACGGCAACGGCACCGUCAACGUCUUCUUCCGUCACAACUCCACCGGGCAGGGGAACAUCUCCGUCAGCCUCGUCCCUCCCACCAAGGCCGUCGAGUUCGACCUGGAGCAGCAGAUCUUCAUCGAGGCCAAAGAAUCCAAAAUCUUCAACUGCCGCGUGGAGUACGAGAAAGUGGACCGUGCCAAGAAGACCACGCUGUGCACGUACGACCCGUCCAAGACCUGCUACCACGAGCACACCCAGAGCCACGUCUCCUGGGUCUGCUCCAAGCCCUUCAAAGUCAUCUGCAUCUACAUCACCUUCUACAGCAUAGACUACCGGCUGGUGCAGAAGGUCUGCCCCGAUUACAACUACCACAGCGACGUGCCCUACUUCCCGUCGGGGUGACGCGCGCUCAGGAUGUCCCGGUGACGAGCGGGUGCAGGGGGGGGCGGGGGGAGGGAUGGGGACGGUUUUUAAGCAGGGUGGGUCCCUGGAAGUGAGGAAGGAAGAGGAUCUUCAGUUUUCCCCGAGAGCUCCAGUUGUCGAGAGGAGAGGGAAUUUGGGCUAUGGGGGUGAAGGCGUUGCUAAACUCGGCCCGGAUCCGUGGUCUUUAGAGACCGGUACGGGGUCUGAAUGUAGGAUAAAGAAAAUAGGACAUAAAGCCAGAAUCAGGACUCGCGUUUCUCAGUGCAAUAAUGGGUUUUUGCCUGGAUCUAGGCCACACGGUCCUAAAAGGUGGUGGACCAGGUGCAGAGGGCUGCAGGAGCAGGUGGGCACGGCCUGGAGAGCGCAGCGGGGACAAGGGCACCUGGUGCACGCCGUGGCUGGGGGACACCCAUGCACAGCCACCACAUCUCCCCCCAGCCAGGUGCUGGGAGGAACAGGGCUGCGUUUCCCCACGCUUGGGCUGAACGUUGGGGUGGGACAGGGAGGGACGCCCCGGGUGCCACCCCACCGCAGCCCACCGAUUUGGGGGGACUGGGAAGGAUGGAGCCGCGAAGAGAGGAAUCCUGGUCGGAUCAGUCGAAUCUUGCUGCCACAACGUGUGAUUCAUGUGUUUCCCCUGACGCCGUGUGUGAUUCAUGCGUUUCCCCUUCACCUCAUCUGUGUUCUGUGGUGCUCCCACCCAUGUCCAGGCGCAUCGGGCUCGGAGCUGCCGGUUCCUGGGUGCGGAGGUGCGUGGUUGGGUGCCGGAGUCAAGCUCUGACUGUAGCAUUUCACUGACUUUGAAGAAGAAAACCUCACCGUGUUGUCCUCGGGAGAGAGAAUAAAGUUUUUACGGUGGCAACGAGGCAGGUCAAGUGUUGUUACUGAGAGCAAGUUCAUUCUGUGCCCGAGGUAGGAGGGUGCUCAGGGCAUCGCUGUGUCCCCACUGGGCUGAGCCUGCCCAAAUUCAGCUCUGCUCCAUCACUCGGACCCAUCCCCUCUUGUAAAGGGACAUUGGGCCCUGUUUUGGGACUCAGACCCCCCACCUUUCCCACUGCCACCCAUGGCCCAUGGCCAUCGUUUGCACAUGGGGCUGUUCUGCAUCACCCGUGGCUAUUCCCAGCAUCCCCAGUGAGCACCCAUGCU